UGUGCGCGUGGCCCGUGGCGAAAAAUCUUUCCGCGUGUGUGGCGGCGGCGAUGAGGGUACGCAGGAGGCGGGGAUGCGGCGGCGAUGAGGGUACGCAGGAGGCGGAGAUGCGGCGGCGAUGAGGGUACGCAGGAGGCGGAGAUGCGGCGGCCGCCCCGAGUGAAGAAGCCAAUCGCCCUAGGUGGAGAAGAGGAGCUACGGAGAGCCCGAAGUGUGGGAACCGCCGUCGCCGGCGCAGCCGCCGCCAUCGCGCAGCCGCGGCCGUCCGCGGGCUCCGGCGCCAUUUAGGAGGACGGUGGGUGGCGCCGAUGCGUGGUUGGAGAGGGUGCGGGAGGAGGAGGGAGGCGGUGCUGUGCCCAUCACCCCGCGCCUUCACCCCCACCUCGCUGGCUCCCGAUGCCAGUCGUCCGCCGCGGAGACGCUCACCGUUCUUGGGGUGGCGCUAGGCCGGAGGUAGAGGAGCAUCAAGGGGCGGCGCUGGGCCGUAGGUGGGGGAGCAGCGAGGGGCGACUCUUGGGGUGGCUCUGGGGCUAGGACGACCGGUGCUGGGCGAGCUCCCACGGCCAUGCCCACGCUCGUCGUCGUCCAGGUCGCCUCUUCCCCAACCCGGCCUAUAUAUUUAUAACUAGAGCAAGGAAUGAUUGGUUACUGGGGGAGGCUGGCACAGAGGCUGUGAGCACCGGAGUCCGCCGAAACCAACCUGAUACGCCACGGAAUCCGUUCUGCAAUUUCCCCUCCCGAAUUGAGUAUGGGUAAUUUGUGCUCUGUAGACUAUACUGUCAAUGUCUGUAUUGCUGCACGGUCUGCUCUAUACGUAGGGAGAGUUUAUUAUUGUUUACGCCACGUUCAUUUAUAAAUUAGAGAACUUGAAAUUUCAUGUCUAUUUCUUUCUUAAUGCUCUUGUUAAGGCACCCAUCUAACGAGAAUUUGUUGUUUGCCUACAGAUCAUUAUAUAUAUUGUACUAUUCUGAUCAUGUUUCCAUGAGACUGUUUAUGCUUCGAAGCAGGUAAGGAGUCCAUUUUGCAUCAGGAUAUAUAUGUGUAGUCAGAAACUUGGAGUUGCUAGGUUUAUUGAAAUGAUGACAAAUGUGUGAUGGUCGUCUGAAUAGUCCUACUUCAUCUUAGCACAUAGCAGACAUUUUUAACUAGCAUAAAGUUCGCGUCUCCUUGACUAUCUCUUGAAGCUAAAACAUAGACCCUAAGGAUUGCUAUUAUCUGCGAUGGAUUCAUCACUUAUAGGAUACUACAAGCUAUUAGUCUCAUGUCGUGGAUCCUCUAUAUGCUACAGGUUAUAGCUGUUCAUUAAGGGUUAUUUAAAAUAUUAUAAAUGGUAAUCGGAGAUUGUCAAGAAUACUUUUGUCCUUGUUUGCCUCCUUGAUCUUGCAGAGUUCUUGAACCGUCGCAGCUAGCAGGGUUGCUCGACGGAUACUGCUUAUUUCUAUAAGAAAUUGCAUCAGCAUGCCCCCAUAUUUUAUUACUCCCUUGAUUGUUCUGCACUUACGGGUGAUGGUUCUCUACAAACUAUAUGUCUUUGUUUAUGAUUUAAACUUGUUUGCAAGGAAUAUGUAUAGUGCGAUUGCAAUAUUCUAAAAUUACGUUGCAUGACCUACUAGAUUCUUACGCGGCUGUUUACAGCUGUGUCUCGCUUUGCCUCUACACCGGUAUUGGAUAAAUUUUCAUAUGACGCAUAUCUUUAGUACAAUGCCAUUGAAUCUUAGCUAAAUUUCCAUACGAGGUUUGCCACUAUUGAUGUUGUUGUAUUAUAUUAGAACUUCCGUACUCUGGUCCUCGAUUUUCAAAUUGGUUGGAAACCUAAAUUGUUUACCCAUCGGGAUUUAUUCUAUGCUUCUUGCUGAUGAUCUUGAUGUAUAUGUAUGGAUGAAUAUAAUGCCACUUGUUUGUACUAUUAAGGAAAAUAAUAUUACUUAUUAACCGAUUAAAACUUAUAGUUACAGUAAUGUCUCGCUUUGGCCUCUGCAUCAGCGCGCAAUGAGUCAUUGGACAGUGCCAUUGAACAUUAGCUAAAUUUCCACACGAGUAUUGCUGUUAUUGCAAUUAUUGUAUUAGAACUGUAGUAUUGUGGCCCUCACUUUUCCACCCGAUCAGAUAACUAAAUUAUUUGCAUGUGGUCAUUUGUUUUUUGCCUCUUUGUAUGUACUUCUCAAGAAAGUAACGCUCCUUAACCGAUUAUAACUUAUGGUUAUAAUUAUGUCUUCCUUUUGCAUCUGCGCCGGGGCGCACCGGGUCAUCUAGUUACUCCUAUAAAUCUUCCUGGCCAACUCGGCCUCCCAGGGCCUCUGAGGGGGGGAUUUCAUCCUGCUCGUCCGUCAGCAAUUUUUCACUCCCGCAAUCUUCCCUGGCCGUUGGAUACUGUCAAACAUUUUUUCACCUCGCCUGCUUUCCCGUGCGUCCAUGACAGAUGGGGAUGGCUUCGUGCGGGGCCAGUUCAUCGGCCGCAGGGACAGGCGUUCGUGCCGUGAAAAUUGCUUGCCUCUCAGUCCCGGAGUUACCGCUGCGGGCGAGCAGGAGCGACGUGGGAGACGUGCGUGUACAGGGGCGUGGACUUUGGUGGCCUCUGCUAUGUGUACGUGUGUCCUCUUGCGCUCUCUCUCUCUGGAGAUGGGCCAGCAUGUCGUGGGGCCCGUUGAGCAGCGCGAGUGUGGGCUUCCGCCUGGGUUGCUGCCGCGUGAAGUCCCUGCCCGGUCGGACGACGGGAUGAGCCAUAGUGCCAUACCUGUCCUGCCUAUGUCGCCUCCAACUCGCCCUCCUUUUACCCCCCGCACGAAGCCAUCCCCAGUUCUCUCUCGCUCGUCCCUCCUCGCCGCCUCUUCUCUCACUCGUCGCUCCUCGCCGCCUCUGCACACUCUGCGAUUUGCCUCUUCGUUGGUUGCAUCCGCUGCAGAUGGAGCUUCAGGUCGCCGGCAUGUACGGUUGAGGUUGAGGUUGUUUGUUCCUCCGUUGCUUCAUUGCUUGCUUCGUAUCCUACCUUCCUCCGUUGCUAAAAAGGGAGGAGAGGUUUCAGAGUUCAAGCGGUUUCAAAGUAGAAACAGAGGAGGGCUAAGCUGUGUUGCAACUUCUUUCAAGCCCUAGAUCCUGCUGUCUAAGGAUUUCACGACCUCCUGCUUGGACCGUGCUGUGGUCACUGCUACUGUCGAGUGGUGUUGUGCUUUCGUCUGCGUCUAUGUGUCCCUGAUUUCUUCGUGGACUCCUUUGUACCAAUGUGCUGUGACCAUCGUCAUGGUCGGCCCACGUGUUGUUCGUCCCAAAAAACCUAGAGUGCUUUCAUCGCCUGCGGCCGGUGUGUCUAGAAGUAAAAGUCACAAAGCCCCUUUAGCCCCUUUGGUGCAUCCACCCGCUGGGUUUAUUUACGCAGGGCUCCCCAAGAGAAAAUGGGAUGGGUUUUUCCCUGUUCUUACCUCAAAGGUUACUACUAGAAAUCGAAAAAGGCGCAAGAUCAUACAUGAUAGGCUGCGUGGCCGAAUUCCAGAUGCGCCCUUUAUUUCUCCUUUAGAGCCUUCGUGGGUUGGGUUCUCGGUGGAGGAGACCGACAUCUUAAAAGCUGGGUAUGCAGAUAGGUCUUUUUAUGGAGGACCAGCCUAUAUGUGUGGUCGGUGUAAGGCGAGCUUUUGGUUUCAAGAGAGGGUGAAGUCUCUGUCUGCGAUCACGGAGAGACGAGUUGUCUACAACAAUUGCUGCAAAGGUGGAAAGAUGCCGAUUAACCCGCUUAGGGAGAUUCACAAGGAUAGCCAUCACUGGACUAUCUGCGUUCUUGUUUCUCGCAUGUGGCACUAUCGUGGAGGGACUGAUGAGGGCCCUAUUAAACAUACUGACCUGGUUUUGCUUGAUACUGAUGGAACUCAUAUGUAUGGCCAACUCCCUCCAGCCACUGCUGAGCGCCUCAAGGAUGUGUUGCAGGAGGGAAAGGUUUUCGUUAUAAGGAAAUUCUUCUGUAACGCGUCCAGGACAUCUUUCAGGCCCGUGGAGAGUCCUUUCAUGGUUCAGUUCACAAAAUACACUACUGUUGAGGAGAGGCCCGGGUUGGAGGUUAAUUACCCAUUCUGCACGUACAGUUUGACUGCAUUUGAUGAACUCCCAGAUCCCAGUGGACGUCCUGCACGCUUUGUCGAUGUCAUUGGCAAAAUCUCACAUGUUUCGGACGUUGUCCCUAUUCAAUCUCUGUACCAGACAGAAGCUUCUAACACGAGAACAAUUGUGCUGACGAACCUGCUGGGUGCCGAGCUAAGGCUUGUUCUCUGGGGUGACCGAGCGGUUGAAUUUAAUGCAGACUUGGUUUGUGCAAUGGGUGAUAAGGAACCCGUCAUUGGUAUCUUCGUGGGAACAUUGACUAAGAACCAUCGAGGUGUCACGGGGUUAAGUGGUAGCUCUGCUUGUCGCUGGUAUAUCGAUGAGGACAUACCUGAUAUUAACUCAUUCCGUAUAGGCCUUGGGGAGCAGUUUACUCCUCUGUCUGCCUAUGUCCCCACGGUGUCAGAUGCCCUUCCAGCAUGUGUCUAUGCAGAACCUGUUGAGAUGACUAUGAAAGAACUCAAUGAUGUUGACCCUUUUGUAGAUAUGGAAAAGAGGUUCAUCUGCAGUGUUACUGUUGACUUCAUUACUGCUGAUCAGCGAUGGUGGUUUGCUUCAUGUAAACUAUGCCACAAGUCUGCUAGGCAUGAUGGCUACCAGUUCCAUUGCUCGGGCGAAGCCUGCGGCUCUGUUAAGGCUGAUCUAGCGUACUGUGUUUCAUUCUUUGCAUCUGAUGCCACGGGUGGGGCUGAGUUUGUGAUGUUUGAUAGGGUUGGAGUAGCAGCUGUAGGCAAGCAUUUGAUGACCUUGAUGCAUCAGAGGUACCCAGGUCAUUCCACAGUCGAUGAGAUAGUUGCAGUUGCUAGGCAUGACACUGGUAUUCCAGCAGAGAUUUCUCGGCUUGUUAGCCAAAAGUAUAAACUUUUGGUCAGCAUAUCGAAAAAGUGGAAGACGGGUAACAAUGUCGACGAGCCCCUAGCUUUCCAGGUCUGCAGGAUUAUAGAGACAUACAAGCCCGAGUUGCCACCGCUUGGUUUUGCCCCUGGUUUGGUUUCUACUGCGCUUUUGUCAUCAGCCGGUGGAUCGGGCACGAGAACUCCACCUCUGGGUCCAGUUAUGUCGCCUGGGCUGCACACACCUCAUGCGAGUGGUUCACCUCACAAUCAGGCCUUUCAUGCUGGAUAUGGUUCGCAUGUGGCACAGGCUCGUGCCUCACCUGCUGCUACGCUUAGCCCUGCAACUCCAGCUAAAAGCAAUUCAUCUGCUCCCAUGCGUGGCGUGAGGCGUUCUUUAUUCGCAAGCCCUUCCAAAGACAAGGAACAGAUUGAUGUGGACAAUAGUGUUCCAAGUCGAGAAGAACCAGAUGCCUUGGUGGAUGAUGCUGCAGCUGCUGCUGAGGACAAGGAAGAUAAUGUUGUGCUUUCAAAGGGUGCUGCUGUUGGGGUCAAAGAAGAUGGUGUCGUGCUUCCAAAGUCUAAAAGGGGUGCCUCUGGUAACAAGCCAAGUGGAGCGAUCAAGAAACCCAAGAUGUAGUAACCGGUCUGCUAUGGCUGUAGAUGCUGAUUUUGGAUAAGGUCUUCAUCUGUAAAGUCCUGUCAUUGUGCAUGGUUGCUCUUAGAAGUUCGGCUGCCAUGGACAACCUGAAGAUCUGUUUAGUAUUUUGGUGUUGCUCCUUGCCUCGAUGUCCGCUGCUACCCAGUGGUGUUGCUUUCUAGAUCAUCGAUCUUGCGAGCGAGGCUCAUCGCCUUAACAUAUUUUGUUGUUCCCUUUGGGUUCUACGCAAUGUUGUUAAGCUAAUGUGAUGCCUCUGCAGCCCCAUCUCCGAGUACCGCUGAACUAUGUACCUUGCUGCUGUAUCGACCUGAUGUACUAGCUAUCUACAUGCCUAUGUUGGUGGUACUGUAUGUACACAGGAGCUAUUCUAUAAGCAAGCUUUUGUAAAUAUGUCCUCUCUACUGUUAGAGGAAGAACCUGCGAUCCUGUAAGCCUAAACUAUGAAAUGAACCUUUCUAUGUAUGGUAUGAAUCAUUGUGCAGACUUUCA